UGACGGAUGGAGGAGGAUGCCUGAACGAUCUUUUUCCGUUGGCUGCCAGGUGUUCAUUUUCUGGAAAGAGAGCGCGCGCACGAAGGGACGCCGAUUCUCAGAUUAUCUUCGCAUUUAUCGGGUCCUUUUUCGAGUUUGCGGCCCCCGACGCCGCUGCCGUCGCCGUUGACGCCGAGCCCGCCGCGUGCAGGCUGCAGAGCGGCGUCCGCCCCCGCCCUCGCCGUCUCCGUGGAUGCGCCGUCCAAACAUCGCCAAUCCACACCAUGUCCAUUGCCACGCACCGCAGCGAUGACCACGAUACACACGACGCUUCAGCCCAGAUGCACCAGCCCCAACCCCAGCAACAGCAGCAGCAGCAUCAGCCAGAGCCCGCACCAGCCCCGGCUCCCCCCAUGGCAUCUCCCCCACUCCCUCCCGCGUCCGCACCUCCCCGCGUCGCGCCCCCGUCCUUCAUUGCCCUCCCCCCACCCGUUGCCUUCGCCCUUGGGAUCCGUGAUGACACGCUUAUGGGCACGCCCCCAUCACCCUGUCUCCAGUUCUUCACCGCGCCAAACUCGCCCAUGGCAGACUCGCCAGCGCAAUCACCCGCACAAGCAAUGGACAGUCCUCCCCCUCGGUCGUUCAUGCCCCAGUCGCCAACUCCAGUGCCUGCGCCCGCCCCCAUCGUGUCGCCCUCGGCUGAGGCGCCGCCAGAGGAACCUUUCGCGGUGCCCCCCGAGCCUGGCAUGGAACUCUCGCUCGAUGACGACAAUCUCAGUGUACUCGAGAAGAUCUACCUCUUCUCGAGGAGCAAGGCCACUUUCCAUCGCGUCUUCAUUGCUCACGCGCUCCCCUCCUUCUUGGAGCAGAUUUCACCGCAGGAGGCGGUCGAAUACGUACUGCCGCUCCUCAGCGGACUCGCCAUGGAUGAUGAAGAUACAGUCAAGGAGGCGUUCGCGGCAGAGCUCCUGGCGAUCAUGUGGUAUUUCUUCACUAAAUGUCAGGUCGUCCCGGACGAUCCGCAGACGGAGGACCUGAUGUUCCCCUCUGCACGGUCUGCCCCCGCCAUACCCGUCCAGGCCUUCACGCCCAUUCUCGGAACGCUGCUACUGAGUAGCAACGGCCAAGUCGGACUUUCGACUCGCUAUGCGAUCGUGACCAUCUUGAAUCGCAUACAGCGACUGAACGAAAGCGAGAGCCGCAAAGCCGAUUUUGUUCCUCCAGCAUCGCGACCAUCUUCAAGCAGGGGCAUUCUUGCGAAGGACCCUCGUCCAAAUCCGAAGUCUUCCCUCGCAGCCAAGGCGAUGCAUUCUGUGAUGAACCCUCCAGAAGAAGAUGAAGAAUCGGACGAUGACGAAGAUCUCCCGCCCACGGGUCUCUUUGGCUACGAGGAACGCGAGAUGUUCGAGCAGGAAUUGCUGCAGCAAGUCGUCAUCGGGAUGGGUCGGCUCGAUCAACAAUGGUCGAAUACCGAGGAGGGCUAUGUGGAUAUCGAUCCCUUGGCGAUGCAAGAGGACCGCUCCCCGAAUGUGGGCACGCAACUCGGCGACCAGUACCCGCCUGAAUACCCCGCACGCUCCCCUCUCGAUGAGCCGCGAGUCCGGUCUCCCGCCGAGCCGCUGCCGGAGGACGAGGACGGGGAUCGUAUGCCGGCCCCAAAACCCGCUACGGAUUAUUUUCCGAAGAUGCCACCGACAACGCCUGCGCUCUCGCCCCCAACGAGCUCGCCAGAUUACACUCCGCCCUGGGUGGCCAUCAGCCCCGGAUCGUCAUCAUCUACGUCAACGUCAUCUUCCUCUACGUCGUCGCUGCACACGCCUCCGAACAACCUUCUGCGUUCGACGUGGGAGGGUCCGCGGUCUCCGAGGGCAGCGGCAUUCGAGAUGUAUGCGCGUCCGGAAAGCCAGGGGUCGUCGGAUGGGGAGGAGACGGUAUAUGUGCAAGCAUCUCCUCGCAGCAACGCGUCGAGUGGCUCGCCCAUGCAACUGUCGACACCUUCGCCUCCGCCCUCUCCGCCCGAGACUGCCCUUUCAAGAGUCACGAACCGCGAUCAGCCGCCCGACAAGCACCCGCAAACGGUCGACCCCAAACCACCGGAUGCCACCACGUCUCCGCCUCUGGCAAAUUCCCCUCCUUUCAUUUCCCUUAAUUCUCCCCCGCCUCAAGUUUCGGUCCAAGCAGCAUCUCCCGUAUCACCCAAACCCACCACAGAGCCCUCACCCUUUGUUCUCUCGCCCCGCUCCCCAUCCGAUCUCCCCGAGCCAAGGACAUUGUCUCCCGUCAACCCACCUGCGCCUCAAAUUGGGCCACAGCCUACCAGCAACGUUUCUCUGCCGAUGCCGACUGUAUCUGCGCCCAAUGAGCAGUCGCCGUUCGGCGGCCUUCGCCAGAACGUGCCUCAGACGAGUGCGGACGAACGAGCAGAUGCGCAAAGGCAGCAGGCGCAGGUCAGUCCGCCGAUCUCGAUGUCGCGCGAGCAUGCGAUGUCGCCAGGGAGGGAGGAGAAUCUGGCCGCGGUGGACGACGAUGCGAUGAACAACAUGACGCUGGACGAGAACCCCGAGGAGGAGCAGGCCGCCUUUGGGCGAGUGUCGAGCAUGAGCUUGAUUUCUGCGGUGUCUGUCAGCGUAAAAUUGUCGGAAUCGGCGCAACAAGCAUUCGUCACCGAAGUCGAGAGGGUAUGCCGCGAUCCUAUAUACUGGGUCAGACGGGAAGCAGCCUUCGCUGUGGGCGCUCUAGCGAAGGUUGUGCCUGACGAGAUCGUCAUGACUUCGCUGCUUCCGCUUUUCGAAGGCCUCCGCAGUGACUCAAUGUGGCACGUUCGUCAUUCUGCUCUCUUCGCCUUCCCGGCCUUGCUCGCUCGCCUCGAUGCGCAGCAACGUCGGCGCGUUGCUCUCGAGACGGUGAUCCCUUUAUCGAGGGACGAGUCAGCGGCAGUGCGAACAGGGACGUUGGAGGCUCUGGGAGAGGCCAUAUACUCGUUCCGCAAUGACGACGGCGGUAUACCUCAAGAACUCCUCGAGCUUUUCGUUGGACGACGCGAGGACCGGCGCAUCCGCGAUCACUCAGCGCCCGACGAAGAAUGGGUCAUUCCAUCAGACUGGGGCGUAGACUUCGAGCGCCAGGAUCGAGUAGCACCUCCGGACGAGACCCCUCUGGAUUCGUUCUACCGUGAUCCCGGCCGGCCACUCAUCUGCGCGUUCAACCUGCCCGCGGUAGCUCUCACGCUCGGCCGCGAGCGAUGGGGAGCCAUCCGCGAGCUAUACCUGCACCUCGCGGACGACUGCACGACCAAGGUCCGCCGGACGCUCGCCGCGAGCCUGGGUGCGCUGGCUGGCAUCAUUGGCCCUGAGAACGCACGACAGGACCUGAUGGUCGUGUGGUGGGACUCGAUCCGGUGCGAGGAGCAGGAGGUGCGCGGGAAGGUCAUCGAGGCGAUGGAGGCGUUCGUCGAAGCGCUCGGGCCGUGCACGGAGCGGAUCGAGGUCGUGCAGAGCGUGCUGCAGGUGUGGGACGAGGGGAUGCUGACGGCGUGGCGGGAGCGGGAGACUGUGGCGAAGAGCUUGAUUGGGGUGACGCGGGCUAUUGGGCAGGAAGACCCGAUGCUGGUACGCAGCUUGUUGAUGAAGACGUUAGAGGACAAUGUUGCGGCAGUAAGGGAGACCGCAGUCCAUUCGCUUCAGGAGAUCUGGUCUAUCUUCGGAGGCCGGCGAGACGUCCUUGAAGACGUGCGAAAGGACAUCCUUACUCUGGCUCGCUCGUCGUCGUAUAGGCAACGCAUGACCUUUAUCGCUUGCCAGCAGACCAUCAUUCUUCCCACCGAAAGUGGGCAUCCAUGCAUGGUUGCCGACGACCACGUCUGGCAAACGCUGUUGCCCCUGGCACAAGACUCAAUUGUUGGCGUGCGCAUCGGCGUCUCUCGGCUCGUUGCCAAUUAUUGGGACAAAUAUUUGCAACAUACGCACAUCCCUGAUGGGCCUAUGCUGGAUGUCAUCCGCAAGCUGACGAGCGACCCUGCGCACGAAGUGCAGACGUACCUACCCGCACGUUUGCGUGGCGUCGCAGGCCCUUUGCUCGAGCCGAAGCCCAUGGAACGGAGUGCGUCGUCCACAGCUAGACGGCGUGCACGAGACGCGGCAAAUAUGUCGGCCACGUUCUCAAAGCCCCCUCGAGCGGCCAGCAUCCUCAUUCCCGAGUGAAGGCUUUGCGCUGUCAUGCAUUUGGUCCCGGAUGGAUUGCGCGCCUGGUUUGAGAAAAGACCAGUCGCGGGACAGCUGUUCACUAUCGUCUAGAGUAACCCCCUGCAAGCAUACGCAUAUUACCCUGCACUUAAGUUUAUACCUGCGAUCUUACGCUACUUACUACUGCUUACGACGUUUUCUUGUCUAAUUUGCUCUCUGUCUUGUCUCCCGUGUAGUAGAAUAAUGUAUUUGCAUGCAUGCCUGUUGCUGAAAGAGCGCACAAACGGGAG